AUGGCUAACUCCGUAGCUAUGGCUACUCUUGGCCUCACUAAGCCCAAUCAAAUCCAACGCCCUAAGAUUUCGUUUGCUGCAAGAGAGGUUGAUUUGCUGGAAUGGAAAGGAGACAUACUUGCAGUAGGUGUGACAGAGAAGGACAUGGCUAGAGACCAAAAUUCCAAGUUCCAAAAUUUGGUCUUGCAAAAGUUGGAUUCAAAUUUGGGUGGCAUUUUGUCUAAAGCCUCAUCUGAGGAAGAUUUUUCUGGGAAAUCUGGUCAAUCCACUGUCCUUAGACUGUCUGGUCUUGGUUUUAAAAGGAUUGGAUUAGUGGGGGUUGGGUCAUCGGUUUCUUCAACCAUUGCUUAUCGUACUCUCGGUGAGACUAUUGCUGCAGCUGCUAAAUCUGCUCAGGCGAGUAGUGUUGCUGUUGCACUUGCUUCGGCUGAAGGCCUCUCGGUGGAAUUAAAGCUCAGUGCUGCCUCAGCAAUGGCAACUGGAAUUGUGCUGGGGACUUUUGAAGAUAACAGGUUUAAGCUAGAGCCAAAGACUCCCACUCUCAAGUCUGUCGAGAUUCUUGGCCUUGGAACUGGACCUGAGAUUGAAAAGAAACUGAAAUACUCAGAAGUUGUUAGUUCUGGUGUGAUAUUUGUGAAAGAGCUUGUAAAUGCACCUGCCAAUGUACUAACCCCUGGGGUACUUGCCGAAGAGGCCAAAAAUAUUGCUUCUUUGUACAGUGAUGUUCUUACCGCAACAAUCUUGGAUGCUGAGCAGUGCAAAGAAUUGAAAAUGGGAUCGUUUUUAGGUGUUGCUGCAGCUUCUGCACAUCCUCCUUAUUUCAUUCAUUUGUGUUACAAGCCCCCGAGUGGAUCGGUCAAAACUAAGCUGGCUUUGGUUGGAAAGGGGAUUACUUUUGACAGUGGUGGAUACAACAUUAAGGCCGGGGCAAAUUCCGCGAUUGAGAUCAUGAAAAAUGAUAUGGGUGGUGCUGCAGUAGUGUUUGCUGCAGCAAAAGCGAUGGGCCAAAUAAAGCCUGCUGGAGUGGAAGUGCAUUUCCUUACUGCUGCUUGUGAAAAUAUGAUUAGUGGGGCAGGCAUGAGACCUGGAGACAUUCUCACAGCUUCAAAUGGGAAGAGAAUUGAGGUUAACAACACUGAUGCUGAAGGAAGGCUUGCACUUGCAGAUACUUUAAUAUAUGCCUGCAAACUAGGUGUAGAAAAGAUAGUUGAUCUGGCUACACUGACUGGUGCCUGUAUAACUGCUCUUGGCCCCUCUGUUGCUGGGGUUUUCACGCCUAGCGACGACCUGGCGAGGGAGGUGCUUGAAGCAGCAGAAAUUGGGGGUGAAAAGCUUUGGAGGUUGCCCAUGGAGGAGAGCUACUGGGGGACGAUGAAAUCCGGGAUUGCUGACAUGAUAAACACCGGUCCUAGACAUGGUGGUGCAAUCACUGCAGCUCUUUUCUUGAAACAGUUUGUUGAUGAGGGAGUAGAAUGGUUGCAUAUUGACAUUGCUGGUCCAGUGUUUGAUGAAAAGAAGAAACUUGCAACAGGGUUUGGUAUUAGUACUAUGAUGGAAUGGGUGCUGAAACACUCUUCUUAGUUUUACAUAUAAUUCAUUUUGGAAUUUGGAUGUUCUAAUGUAGCUUCUUCAUGUGCACUAGUUGUAAAUGAAGUUAGAUACUUUUACAAUCGAAUGUACCGAUUAAUGUCGAGUAGUAUAGAUGUAAGACUGUUUAUAAGAGGUCUCCAAAAUUAACUCA